CUCUAAAUAGAUCGUAUUGUAAUCUUUUCUCAGUCCAACGUGGUUUCUUCUCAGAGACUGCUUCGCAUUUUCUAUACUUGUUUGGUAAGUUGAAAACCUCACCCCACCAUGCAGAGGACCGUGCACGCGCCGCUGCAGUUUUAUGAGAAGGUGGCCAGAGGGAUGAACUCGGACCAGGAAAGGCCGUACGUGUGCAACGCUCCUGGCUGUUCUCAGCGAUUCCAGACGGAGGACCAUUUGAUGAUACAUAGACACAAACAUGAGAUGACCCUUAAGUUCCCCUCCAUAAAGAACGACAACAUGUUAUCAGGCCAGACGCCCACACCGACGCGCUUCCUGAAGAACUGUGAGGAGGUGGGAUUGUUCAGUGAACUGGAUUGCUCCAUAGAGCAGGAGUUUUGCAAGGCCCAGGAAGAAGAGGACAAUAAACAGAGCGUCUCGCUGCACGGCCAGGCGGGCCAAGGCCAGCACCAGCAGUCCCACUCGCGGAUGGGCAACCAUGACACCAGCAUUGUGAUCCAGCAGGCCCUGCCCUCCCCUCAGUCCAGCUCCGUCAUCACUCAGGCUCCUUCCACCAACAGACAGAUAGGGCCCGUCCCCGGCUCUCUGUCCUCAUUGCUGCACCUACGAAACAGACAGAGACAGCCUCUGCCAGCCUCCAUGCCUGGAACUCUGCCAGACCCGACCAUGCCCGGCUCCUCAGCCGUGCUGAUGCCUAUGGAGAGACAAAUGUCAAUGGGCGCCAAUAUGAUGGGUAUGCAAGGACCUGGCCACGGUAACUCCUGCUCCUCCGCUCACAUUCCCUCCAUGCACUCGGAAGCCAAACUGAGGCUGAAGGCUGCACUUUCACACCAUCCGGGUGCCAUCGCAAACGGCAACAUGAACUCCAUGGGCCACAUGAUGGAGAUGAUGUCAUCGCGGCAGGACCAAGGCACCCACCAUCACAUGCACUCACACCCGCACCAGCACCUGCAAGCACCUCCCCACGCCUACCAGCACCACGGCCACCACCACCACCACAGCCAGAGCCACGGCCAGGGUGGACACCAUCACCCGCAGGGACACAACCCCCAUCACAACUCCCACAAUCCCCACCUCCAUCCCGGGCACCCACACCAGACCUCACCGCACCCUCCGAUGCACUCUGCUUCGCAUAUGUCACCUGCCACUCAGCAGAUGCAUCCCACGCAGACACUGCAGUCUCCACCACCCAGCAGUGGACGGCGCCGGCGAGUGGUGGACGAAGAUCCGGACGAACGUCGGCGGAAGUUCCUGGAAAGGAACAGAGCGGCAGCCACGAGAUGCAGACAGAAGAGAAAAGUGUGGGUGAUGUCGUUAGAGAAGAAAGCAGAGGAGCUCACUCAGACCAACAUGCAGCUUCAGAACGAAGUGACCAUGCUCAAGAGCGAGGUGACCCAACUCAAGCAGCUCCUCCUCACACACAAGGACUGUCCCAUCACCACUAUGCAGAAAGAGUCCCAAGGUUACCUCAGUCCAGAAAGCAGUCCGGCGGGCAGUCCAGCGCCAGAGUGCUCCCAGCAGCAGGUCAUUCAGCACAACACCAUCACCACCUCCACCACAACUGUAGGGGGCAGCAGUGUGCACGGGCAAUCCAAUCACCGCACAGACAUUAACCCCAUUCACUAGGGACAAGAGAGACUGUACCCCAGCACCCACCCACCCCCACCUCACCCACGACCUUGCUUUCUGAGGGUUAUCAGCUGCACAUGCUGAGCCCCCUCGUUCCCUCCAUCAAGAAAAACCUCAAAGGCCUGUAAGGCUGUUCUUUAUACAGUAGCUACAGUAUGUAUUUUUAUAAACCAACCCUAUUAACCCAUAAAUGUUCUUUAGUUUGUUGCCUCUUUUUUUGGUGUGAGUUUUGCUAAUCUCAUGCAGCGUUUGAGUACGUUUUAGUGGUUUACGUCGUUUAGUGGUACAAAAAGGACCAUGGUGGUCAUUGAACCAGAGGACAAAGACACACUGUAAGCCUCAGACUAUCUAUCAGCGGGCUUUAUAUCUCUGUAAGCCUGAUGGACUGAAACACGAGUAAGUGUAUUCUCUGAAUACCACUUACUGGUCGGUUAUGUUGAGUGUGUGCAGCAGACACUACACGAGUGAGACGUCGCUGCCUUUCAAGCCAAGUCAAACUGUCCCUAUGGUGUCAUGAAGACAGGAAUAUGCAAGAGGCACGUGUAAUGAUGCUUUUGUUUCCCAGAAACAAAUAUGACUGUUAACCUUUUUUUCCAUGCCAGCGGAAUUCUCAAAGAGUGUCGUGAAAAAUACAGCGUGACGGCGAAAACAUGAUCAAUUGGAAGCAAUACAUCACAGUAUUGAUCACCUUCUCUACUAAAUGUCCACAGCAGGAUCGGUAUGGCCAAGCCACUCUGGUCCGAGGACAUUGCAUGCUGUUACAGCUAUAGAACUGCACACUGUGAUACCAGUGAGGCAGCUGAAACAAACUCCUCCGUCUCCAGGACCAACUGAAGCUUUAAUUAUUGGGGUACCUUUUGUGUGUGUUUGUGCGUCUGGAUUUUGUGAAUCCAUCGUUUUCAGUAUGCAAGUUAGUUCUGUAUAAUGUGUUUUUGGCUUCUUUCUUCUGCAGAACAAAGUUCAGCAGUUGUGUAAGGAAAGACAAAUGUGUGCGAGAAAAUUAUUGUAACGCAACUGGUUAAGUGCUGUACGGUUUCUAAAGAGGAGCAGUUGAUGCCUUUGCUUUCAAAAUGUCACAAUGUGCCUAAAUCUUUCUUCAAAUCUUUUUUUUUGGCUUUCUGUAGACAGCAACUCUUUUUCUUCAAAUAAUCAAAAGCCUUUCAUUAUCUGUGUAUUAUUAAGGAGUUUCCUCUGUCAUAUUUUUCAUUGAUGUCUGCUGCAUGUAAGCCCGAAACCAGCUGACCAAGGAUAAAAAGUACCGUUUCCCAUGUAACCUCUGACCUCUUCGUCAAUGUAUCCUCCUCUCUUCCUCAGGCCUCCUCUGCAGCGCCAUGGAUGUGCUUAUAGUGACCUUUGUUUUUUAUCUCCCUUGCAGCCUUGAAACUUUGCGCCUUCUCACGUUCACCACAACUCCUCUUUCCCUCUUUCCUAUGACCAGGAAUGUCGACUCAUUAGCAUGAUGACCACAAUGCACUGUGUUUUACAGUAGGAUGGAUGAAAUACAUUCCACUGACAGGUGGAGCGAUAGCAGAGCUGUCUAUGCACUUUGUCCUCUGCCAUGCCAGAGGGUAGAAUAGCCAUAUUAAGGUCAGAGUAAUUCUCAGUGAUCCUCCCCUUUUUCACACACCAGCGCAAAACGUAGCCGCGUUUGGCUUUAUGAAGAGACUGUGCCUGGUAUGCAUCAUGUUUGUAGAUGAAGAAAGCGAACCUAAGCUCACGUUGUAGAGACCCUGCACGCUUAAGAAAAAGGUUCCUUUUUUUAAAUCCUGGAAUAAUGUAGAUGGAUGGGAACCUUUGUCCUCAUAAUGGGCUACAUUCAAGUUUUGUUGAACAAUUUGGACUGUUUAUGUUGUGUGUUAACUCUUCUUCAGUGUGCGCAUUUUGGUGUUUGUGUCAAUGAGAGAAACCGAUUCUCAUUAAAAGGGCUUUGUCGUGCAACCCUUUGAAAUGAAGCUUGCCUUUUUAAAAGUGUUUGUUGAAUCCAUAUUUUAGAUCAUUCCAAAUUAAUCUCUCGCAUGUAAAAAAUAUGUCCAUGACCUCAGAAAACCUUCAACUGGAAUCAUUUGAAGAACGUUGCUGUUUUAGAGUUCGAUAUGAAAGUCUCUAGUCUCAUUUUUGACAGUUGGUCCAGGUUCAUAAAAAGACAUUUGUUACUGCACAGGAAGAAAAAAAGACAGAUGAAAGUGCAGUGUGAGUUUGUCCGUGUGGAGUUGAGAGAGGUGAACAAUUCCUACGUAUUAAAAAUGUAUUAUUUGAAAUCCAAAACUAUAAAUAUUGUACAUAAUUCCAUUCAUUUCUGUAAUAUUGUACAUGUAAUGCAACCACCUUUCUUGUUGAAGGGAGUAAAUGUGUGGUACAUGUUUGUAAAUAAUGUUUUCAUAGCACUUGUUGCCUUUUGUUGUACGUCAAGGCUCAUUUCAGCGCAUAAAUACAUUGUUUAAAUGUAAUGAACUGAUGAAUCCAUUCUGGCCUGCAUAACUUUGUACAUUUGUUGUGUGUCUGUAAUGACAGUAUCCAUUUUGGUUUGCAUUUGUACAGAUGUUAAAGUAUCACUGCAAUUACAUUACGGUAUGAAAAUAAAGCACUUGUUCUGUAACAACUAACUAACAUAAUUUAAUGUCCCUCCAAAAUCAAAAUAUGGUGACAUAUUUUCUAGUAACCAGUGAAAAACCGAACAAAGAAUGCAUUGAAUCUUUCAGGAUAACAUUGGAAAAAUGCUAUAGAAGGAAAAUAAACAUGAAACGAUCAAUACUUUUCCCCUGAUGCCUGUCCUUGAGACACAAUUGGUCAUUAAAUAGUUAGAAGCUUUAACGGUUUAGAAUACUCAUUCAUUAUUGAACCGUCUAGACAUCUUGAUAGUUGCCUGAUGAAAUAACUUGGCAGGUAACGUAAUCACACAAACACAGUUGUCACAAAAUAAACCACUAAAACCAAACAACAUUGCAGCCAAAUACAUUUAAAACUACUUACAAAAGCCGCAUAUAUAGGAAUCAGAAAGCGUUGUGUAUUGUUGCAUGCAAAGUGGCCUUGAUCUUUCAGAGAUUCAUUUUGUAUUUUUCAGAACUUUGAUACCGAUAGUGAGGAAUUAAAGAUACAUUGACACCCACAGAAGUUUAGUAAAAUUAUAUGGUUUUAUUUCUGGCUUUACCAUGACUUUAGGCACAGUGACCCCUGGUGGACAUUUUCUAGACCAACCAAACAUUUGAGGGGACAAAAAAACAUUUAAAAAAUGCAUCAUCAGCUGAACAAUGCAACAGAUGUCAAAUCAUUAAAACACUUUAAAACUCACUGGCCGGCCUUCUACAAUUAUCAGUGCACUCAGAACUAUUUCAAAGCUAAUUAAGUGGGUUCUCUUCAUCAGGAAGCAUGUUCUGAUUGAAUGCCACAGAUUAUAUUCACCUCAUACAAUUAUAAACCUGCAAUGUUUGUUCUCAUAAAUGGGACAGAGUUGGCUCCACAUUAAAACAACUUAUUGAAUUUUCAAAGCAAAAUUCACCUGCUAAAAUACUUAAAUGUGUAAAAAUUCAACAAUGUGCUGAUCUCAAAU